AUUCACUCAUUCAUUCGUUCAUUCGUUGGUCGAGAGGACGACAGACACACGGAUGUAUGUCUUGAUAAACAAACAGCGGUCUCCUUGUGAUACCGACCGACAUACAUGGACACCGCACACACCACACACGUCCAUAACGAUCAGACCAGUCCCUUCACAUCUCUGGGUGUCAGGCAGUCUAGACUGCCCACUGGCAAACACACGUGUGUCGGUCACUCACACCAGCACGAUGCCCCAGUUGAUGACGACACCCUCCAGGUUGAAGCGCUUCAGCACACUGCGCCAGAGGGGCGUUGACACGGGGAAACGCACAUCGAGCACCUUGUUGAGCGAUGGGGCUGGGCCAGCAACGGGUGGCUCGGUCGUCCACAGCUCGAUCCGGUGCUCACCCACAAACAGAUGGGCAGCGACGGUCUCACCGGGCCGGAAGCCGCUCACAAACACACGACGAUAGUCUUUUGGGUCGGUAUAAUUCCGACCGCCGACGUCAAAGCGGUAGUCCACAGCGAUGCCCUGCUGCUCGGGGACAUCGCCAGCUGCCAUAAGCCUCUGAUAGCGGUCCUGGGAAUCACGGAGGAUGAUGAGAGAGAGAAGCACCCGGACUGGAGCCCAUGGCCGUGACUCGAGCAGCGUGUGCAGCAGGAACGACGACAGGGAGGGGGAGAGAUCCAAGCCAUGUCGGAUGACGGGAUCGCUCUCCUUGUAUCUGCUGCGGUAGGGGUGGUCGGCCGGCAGCUCACCCAACGGCACCACACGAAACGACUGGGCGCCGAUCCGAUAGUGCCCAUUGUUGGCUUGCUGCAGCGCCAGAUUCCUCCCCCUGUAGCUGAGGUAGUGCCCGAAUGUCUUGUAGGCGGCCAUGAUGAGGGGCAGCUCGUCGAAUACCGUCGUGGCGGGCAGCGAACCAGCCGACAGCAUAAGAGGCCGCGUCGCAUUGGGGGUGAGCUGGUAGAUUAAAGCCAGGCGGAUGACCCAUUUCAUCACCUUCCAGUGGCCGCUGCAUCGCUCCAGCACGUGGAGUAUCUUGAUGGCCCCAGCCACGUCACCAAUGUCGAAGGCCAGCACGUCACGAAGGCGUUCCCUGUCCAUGGCCUGCUCGAUGCGCUGCUCGAGGACGGCCGGCAAUGUGAUCCCUUUGGGGAUCUGGGUGGGCGGCUGCUUGUUGAUCUGUGUGUUGAGUGCCGGCCGCUUGGUGCGGUCAUCGAGCAUGUGUGACGCCUUCUUGAGUGAGAGGGCCCACAGAGAGGGGACAGGUCGGAGGCCAUGAGUGAGUGAUCUGAAUGCAUGGGCAUGGACAGCCACACAGCCACAUGCAGACGGUAUAUAGCGUGCGUGGACUCAGCUUGCCUUUCUUACGUGUGCUGGUGAUGGGUCAACCAACGGCCCUCCCUCCUGCUGCCACUGCGGCACGCACGAUGUGACAGCUGCAAAAGGAGAGGCGAAGCCGCUUUGAACUUAAUGCAAGUGCGUUGGUCUUUCACUUACCUUGUAUGUAUGAGUCAGUCAGUCAGUUAUGGAGUGUAUGGCGAUGCAGUCGCCGGUGUGUCACACGGAACAGGAGAUCUGCGACAGGGAGCCAUGCAAUACAUGAAUCAAUCGACAGACAAGCGACAGUGUCGAGCUCACUUUCUUUCUUUAAUUCGCGGGCGACGAUGAGCUCCACGCGGAGGAAAAAGGAGGGGGGGAGAGGGGAGGGGAGCCAGCUGGAAAGCUCGCAU